AUGAUGCAGUGGAUGGCAUCGGGCCUCCUCGGAGUAGGGAGUAGGGUCAAGACUCUUCAGCAUCCCCUGUUGGCCUCCAAGGGGUGGGAUGGGCGGGAACGAAGCCGCCUGGUUACCGGUUUGAUGUCAGCUUGCUUUCCCAAGUCUUGCCGAAAUCAUAUCGGGACUCGGGCAAGCAUGGACUCGACCACCCUGCUUCAUACCCAUCCAUCAUCGAUAUCGCCUGUGCGGGUGCAGUCUUGGCAACAUGAUGCCGUACGUGCUAGAUGCGCUCGCAAGACAAUCGGCACCUCACCCCGCGAACCCAAAACCCAUGUUUACCGCGCGACUUUCAGCCUCGGAGGGGCUCCUAUCCGCCUUCCCCACGCCCUGGCGAUAAUUUCUUUAGCCAUCAUUGCCGCAUAA